GCCAAUCGGUGAGAUCGUUAGACACUCGUAAGGCCGGCACAAGACGCUCGUUUACCUGUAUUCCAAGGGAGGGUUUUACCUGAUGAGUUACCUGUCGGGAUUACCUGUCAGUUAAAUCCAGGUACAGAACAAACGUCCUAAUGUGAUGUGAGUACAACUUGGGAAUAAUUUCAACAGAGAAUAAUGACCAUCAGCUUCCUGUGAAAUAUCUGCAUUCACUUUAGCGAACAUCUGCCAUAUUUGUGAUAUCACAAUGCGUCACGCAUGCGUACUCCUGCUAGUUAUGUCCCUGUACCUAGCACGUGAGUGCGUUCAUGGCGGGAAAUACAAAUGGAUGAGGUAUGACAGUUUCGACGAACUGGACGCCCAAUUCAUCUCCGUGAACGGCCAGAACUGCAAGUCCAAGUCCAAAGACGACUUGUACUUCAGAGAAGAUGCUGUAUCCCAGCUGCCGAAAUACAACCAGCUUCUAACCCAGGCGUGGUACGUCAACAGAACCGCCCUGAUCCACCUCCACAACAUGGCGCUCAACCGUGCCUUCUUCUUCAGCUACAUCCUGCAGAAGAUGAACGACACGACCAACUUCAGAAUCAUGCCAAACUGGUUAUACAUGUACAUGUCUGUGGCGGCAGACGUCAACGCCAACCCGUACGGUCUCAACGGCAGCGCCAUCUACUUCGACACCAACUGCUCCUACCCAAACUGGUACACGACCGUCAACUUCAACAGCACCCUGCCGAGGUUCGCGCCCAAAGCAUGGAGAUGGGAUGACUACAAUGAUCAGGAUAAUUAUCUCCGAGAAGCUACCCGACGGGUGGUCAUGAUUAACGACAUCGGCGCUGGCCGAGGGUCGGAUUAUUCCAAUUCCGGUUUCAAGAUGAAUCCUUGGUAUGAGAAAUGGCUACCUGACAUUGCUGGAGACAUGGACUCUCUAACAAAGUACACCUACAAUGUCGGAAUCAGGUACUCCAACGGGACGGGCAGCUUCACCCACAAGGAGUUCCUAGCCAGCAACUUCUUCGGCCCGUCCUCCCCCAGUCAGAACGAGAAGGAUGACCGGAUGUUGCCGGUCGUCUGGACCAGGCCCUACUAUGACUGUGGGCGAUCCAACAAGUGGAUUGUCAGUGCAACCUCUCCCGUGGUAGACUACAUGCCCAGAUACUCCAACUGGACACAUCUCAGGCGGCAGAGGUUUGUUGGCGUGAUCUCCAUGGACAUCGACUUCAACCAGAUAGACUACAACGCAUGUCCGGUCAGUAUAGGCAAUCCAGGUCCAAGCUUUCUGUCCGGAGUGUCGCGCUGCAAGACCAAGACUACAGGUUGCAAGCACAAACCUGGCUUCAAGUUCAGGCGUGGUGGGUACGUGUGCGUGUGUCGUCCAGGCUACAGCUACCCCAAGUGGAGACCCCCUUUCCAGGGCGGCGACAUCGAACAAGCGACCGAAGAGGAAUACAACAAUGGCUUCCAAUGCACGUCCACUGACUUCCGACAGGUACUUCCGGUUGUUGAUACGCUAGAGGGCGUGACCAUCGAAGGAGGGUCCAACACCCUGACCAGUGGCGGCGUGGACCUUGGCACCAGCGGUUUGACUUCACGGUUCAAAUCACGCCGUCUACGAUCAAUCAAUGAAUCUUACGAGGAGGAAGUGUUUGUGAAGUCUGAACAAGAAGAGACCAACAGCAACAGCAACAGCAACAUAGACUACGGCUAUUAUAACAUCCCGAACAUCUACCCUCAACCCGAGCACCUGACUAUCAGGAAGCUGACCCCAAAGCAAGUCCUCAAGAUCCGAAAAGGACUUCAAAACGGUCGUCAGAAGUACAUCAGUAAACACACAAUGAGGGAACUCAGGGAAUAUUGGCAUGACACAUUCAAUGUAACAAAAAAGAGAAGAAAAAGAUCCACAGCAUUUGACCCCAAAGCUUUCGACAGGAUGAUGAGCAUCUUUCGACACAAGGAAAGCGUAACAGGUGAAAACUGUCACACAAAAGAAUCAUCCUUGCUGACAAUGGCGGGAGAUGUCGGGUAUGGCGUUGACCAGCAGUUUGAGAUGGAGGCAAGGACUGCGUUAAGACUAGCUCAUUUCAUCAGCAAUUACCUCCAAAACACUGAUCCUAAUGAAAACUUUGGCAAUCUACAAGGUGGUGGACGACUCCAUAUUGAACACCUCUUCGGCGAGGUCAUCGCCAACGUCAUGGGCAAUUUCAAAAUCCGUUCCAGCGGGGUGUUCUUUGACAGGAACCAGUUUGUGAAUCAGGACGAGACAGUUAGAGAGUUCUUCGGACCUUUAGCUUAUAAGAAAGCAGGGAGCUUCUAUUCUGUGGACACAGCGGGUCUGAAGAAACAAUACGUGGAUGAAGACUGGUUCCGGAAGGAGAAAUCCAGAUGGGGGACCAACACCAAUGGGUUGAAGACCUACAAGAUGCGAUCCUUUAUCAGGUCCGAUCCUGCAGGAACCAGUACAGUUAGACAUGAGUACUUCCCGCUGCGCUACAAGGCCCCGGCCUAUACUGACGGGACAUGGAGGAGGCCCACGUUCAAGUGUGAUGGCAGGGUGGACGAAUGGGUCAUGACGUAUGUGGUUCCGUUCUUUGGACUUGACCAGCUAAAGAGGAAGCUGAAGUUUAAGGGUGUUGUAACCGUGGAUGUUCCUCUCGGCCUCCUGGAAAUCAACCAGUGCCCACAGAACUUCUAUGUCGCUAACGCCUUCAAGAAUACCGCUAGGUGUGACCAACGGUCAACCAAGUGCGGCCGCCUGGCGGGCUUCAAGUUCCUACGUGGCUCCUACCGUUGCACGUGCAGGGAGGGGUAUGAGUACGGCCACAUGGAUGGCAAGUUCUGGAUAGAGGGGUCACUUCUCGAACUGGAGUGGGAAAAGAAGAUCAGAGGUAUUUUCAGCAGAUUUGACGCUUUGAAAUGUCGGAUAUCUUCAUCACCAGCGUCUUCGUUCAGCGGCAUUCUUCUUGGGCUCACUGCAGUUAUCUCCCUUGUUUGGACAAGAACCGACCUAUGCCUUUUCUAGACGCUUGGCGCCUAUCAACAGGAAUGAGGAAGAAUUGAACACUUUCAAUAUAAAGAUUAAUCGUUUUCCCAAACGUAAAACAGUUCUGAAAUGGCAUCCUCAAAGGAUACAUAUUCAGAACGAUUUAAUAAGGUGUUAAUUGCGCCGUAUCAGCGAAAACCACAGUACAAGCUAGACCUCCCUUGAAGGGCCAAAGUGUUGAGAUAAUAAACAGGCUAGGUCAUAAACUGUGCCUAAAUGGCAGUCAAAGACGAAUAGGCUAUCGGAAUUCAUAACGUUUUAUUGUAUAUAUUGUUGCGAAUUGUGAAUUGUACUUGAUGGUGUGCAGCACGUGCUGUAUGUGCUCAAUGUUGUAUUUAGCGUCUCCUUGUAUUGUUUUGUUAAACGGAAAGAUAAAAUGUUGCACUUGUUUAAGGGUGAAAGAACCAGAUAUCCAUCACACAUCAAAAGAAUUACUCACAAACUUUUGCAAUUUUGCCAUUAUGAUCAAAACACCAGUUUGAUUAUGUUUUCAACAUUGUGCCAUUUCAACGAGCGACCAUGAUAUUUUAUGUUACAUGCAAUGGCACUAACUCUUCCUAUUUAUAUAUCUAACAUUCAAUGACACCUCUCUGACACAUGUGACUUGGUAUCCAGCUUCACACGUAAGGCUGAAACAUGACAAAAAUGGUUACAUGAGAAAAGCUGGAUUGUCUGGUCCAGAUCGCUGCCAUGUACGGUGUUUGCCCUUAACCCUGAAAAGCAGCAGGCCCUAAGGACCCAGAACCUUAAAAAGUUGUGGGUAUCACAAUGACACAUAAUUAAUGUUCGUUGUCCUGUGUGUGACUUAGCACACUACUAGAAUGCUAGUUGUGAGAAUCAUCUAGUAGGGCAUCUUGUUCGUUGUUUAUGGUGGGCAUUACCGUAUUCACGAACAUAAAUGAUACUCGUGC